UUUAGUUUGCUGUGUGGACUCUUUAUUCCCUGCGUGUGUUUGGUUCAUUAUCCGACACAUGUCAGUCACAAAGUCUCAUAAACAGACAGGUGUACAAAUGGACAAAACAAGACAUCCCAUUGGAGAAUCAAGUCUUGAAGACAUGAAUAACAGCAGAGAGAACCAGACAACAGACACAGGAAUGCAGCAGGGCAAGAAAAAGGAGAGUCCAUGUGAGGAAACCUGCAGUGUAGGCUCCACCCAGUCUGAUAACAGGACAGACAGCAGAGAGGACCAGACAACAGACACAGGAAGGCAGCAGGACAAGGAGUGGGAGAAUCUAUGUGAGGAAAGCCGCAGUGUAGGCUCUACCCAGGAUAAUAACGGUACAGACAGCAGAGAGGACAAGACAACAGAUGCAGGGAGGCAGAAGAACAAGAAAAUGAAGAGUUCACCUAACAUCUGCAAGGAGUGUGGCUACAAGGCAGCCUAUAAGAAGGACCUAGACAAACACAUGAGAAUACAUACAGGAGAGAAGCCCUACAAAUGUGACCAGUGUGAUUAUUCUUCUGCUCAAAAGUCUGGUUUAAACAGACACAUCAUAACCAAGCACACUGGUAAGAAACCCCACAGGACAGCUGACAAGCCUAACCUAGCUCAAUCUGACAAGUCUGCCCUGGCCUCACAUAAGAAGAAACGGGCAAGUGAAAAACUGCAGAAACGUGACAAACGUGACUUUGCAGCUUUGCAGAAAAAAGCUCUAGACCAGAACAUGGCCAGACAAACUGGCGAGGAACCCUACAAAUCUGAUAACAGGACAGACAGUAGAGAAGACCAGACAACAGACACAGGAAAGCAGCAGGACAAAGAAAGGGAGAGUCGGCCAUGUGAGGAAACCUGCAGUGUAGGCUCUACCCAGUCUGAUAACGAAACAGACUGCAGAGAGGACCAGACAACAGACACGGGAAGGCAGCAGGACAAGGAAAGGAAGAGUCCAUGUGAGCAAACUCACGGUGUAGCCUCUACCCAGGAUGAUAACGGGACAGACAUCAGAGAGGACCAGACAACAGACACAAGAGGACGUCAGGAUAAAGAAGCGUGCGUUGUAAAUUCUGUCCAGACUGACGAGGAAUCAACACAACCACAUGCUCAGGCUCCUACAGCAGAGACAAAUGAAGGUGCAGACUCUGGAGACUUUGCAGACAGGACUAGUAAAAACUCAUCGCAGCACAAGAGAAAACGUUCAGACAAAACAAAGUACAACUGCACCCAUUGCAGUUAUUCCUCAGCAAAGAAGAGGAACUUCACCCUGCACAUGCGAAGACACUCAGGUGAAAAACGCAUCACGGCUGAAAAACGUGGUUACCUGACAGAACCAGAAAGAAGAAGCACUGACGUUCCCGUGCCCUCACCCCAAAAAAAGCAUAAAAGUGAUGAGCCCUACAGAAGUGAUGAGAGUGGCGAUUCUGCUGCACAGAAGUCCACUUUUGACCUGGAUGAGGGAUGGAAAUUUAACGUAUGUGAAGAGUGUGGUUACUGUGCAGCCUAUUGGAAGGACCUAGAAAAACACAUGAGGAUACACACAGGAGAGAAGCCCUACAAAUGUGAACAGUGCGACUAUGCUUCUGCUCAAAAGUCUGGUUUAACCCGUCACAUCCUUACCAGACACACCGUCGAGAAACCCUACACGUGUAUAGACUGUGAUUUCAGGACGGCUGACAGGUCUCACCUAACACAACACGUGAAACGACGCAAGUGUGGCGGCAACCGGACAGAACCAAGAAGUCGCACUAACAUGUUCACACGCACCACAAGGAAUGGUGAGGAGCUCUACAGAUGUGACAAGUGUGGCUAUUCUGCUGUACAGAAGUCCACUUUGGAGCUGCAUAUGCUUAGACAUGGAGGAGUGAAACGUAACAUUUGUGAAGAGUGUGGCUACAAGACUGCCGUUAAAGGGGACUUAAUCAAACACAUGAGAAUACACACAGGAGAGAAGCCCUACAAAUGCGACAAGUGUGACUACGCUUCUGCUCAAAAGCCCGGUUUAGACCGACACGUUGCGACCCAGCACAGUGGCGAGAAACCCUACAUGUGCGAGGAGUGCGGCCACAGGACGGCGGACAGGUCUGCUCUCAUCUCGCACAUGAAGAAACAUUCGGGCGAAAAAACCUACAAGUGCGACAAGUGUGACUUUGCGGCUCUGCGGAAAAGAACCCUGAAGCGGCACAUGGCCAAGCACACCGGAGAGAAACCCUACCUCCUGUGCGACUACGCUGCUGCGCAGAAAGGCCAUCUUGACCAACACUUGUUCAAACACACAGGUGAGAAACCUUACGAGUGUGAGGAGUGUGAUUUCACAACACAUGUCAAGAAAAGCCUCAUAAACCAUGUUAAGAUACACACAGGUGAUUAA